GCUACAAACCCACUGGCUGUGGUGUCGGAGAAUCUUGGUGAAAAUUUAUCCAGACCUUUGGAUGACGAAGAGUUGCCCGAUCUCAGUAAGCGUAACAGUGCUGAACCUAGUUACUGUCAGCAUAACGUAGAUGAGACUCUUAAAGACCAACCAUUUACUAGAAACAUGAAUGAAGUGACAUUGGAAGACAUUCAGCAGGUAAAGGAAUCACAUGCAGAUGAAGAGAGCUUGCCAGAUACAAUUAUUUUCAUCCAAGAUGAAUCAGGAGCUGGUAACUUGCUUCCAGAUGAUAUUCAGGCAACUGCAGAGAAAAACACACAUGGCAAAAAAGACUUUGGUGAAAUUUCGCAUAACUGUGACAGUAAGAGUCUAAAGGAUGACACCAACAGUCAAGUUACUUUUCACUUGCUAAGUUUAUCAUCAGAUGAACAGAAUAACAGCACAACUGAUAAUGAAUCUCAAGAGACCGAGCUGCUCAGAAUGUCAGGCGUGUGUCCUCUGUCUAAUGAAUUAUUGAGGGAUAGCAAUAGGCGGAUAAAUUUUGUGAAAGAAAAUAUGAAUGUGCAUUCUAUCCUUAAUAGGCAACAUGCUAAUCCUGUAGAUAAAUGUAAGCUUGUUCAUUCUGAAUUGAUUAGCAUUUUCUCUGCUCUAGAUCCUGUAGAUAAACAUAGGCUUCAUCGUUCAGAAUUGAUUUAUUUAUUUCCCGUUCCAGAUAUGGAACAAAGCUUUGCCAUCAAGAGUACCAUGAUGAAUGAUAGUAUCAAACAUUCAGAAGCAAGUAAUUGUCAAGAAGUUUAUUCUACAUCUUUCAGGAAGAGUGGUAAAAUUGAGAGUGGUUCCAUUGAUGUGAGUAAAACAAACCUUGGAAGAGGAACAGACACUGUAACCCAGGAUUCACCUGAUAUUGAUAAACGCCUUGAAUUUUCACUGGAAAACAAAGACAAAGAUUACUGUGUAUUUAUUGACCUGUCUUCGUUUAUUUUUGUGAGCGAUGGAAAAACAGUGUUUCGUUUACAGAAAAAAGUUGUUACAACUGAAGAGUUUGAAUGUGGUCCCUCAAAAAGAUUGCCGUCUCUCAAUUUAAGUGCAGUUGUGGAUGAAAUAAGUAGUUAUGAGUCUCAAGUGUCAACAAAUAAUAGUGGAGUAGAUUCAUCUGUAAAUGAGGCUUCAGAUAUAUUUCUGCACAAUGAUUUAAAGUGUAGUGAUGAUAGUGAAUGUAGAGAAAACAAAGCUGAAACUUAUCUGAAAAAAUCCACGCGAGCUACACUGGAAGGCUCUGCAGUCGGUGUAGAAGAAUGGUCUGAAGAAAUUUUAAAUAAAGGGUCCCAUGAUCAACUUAGGGGAGAUGAAGAAAAUAAGCUCCUUCCAGUGGACAAGGAAAUCAUUGGGAAAGCUAUAUAUAACCUUGAUGUUGGACAAACAUGCUCUUCUGAUAAUGAGAAAGUAGAUAUUGCAAUUCCAAAUAGAAAAUCUCCAGACAUGGUUGAUCCGAAAAUGGAGGAAAGUCUAGAAGAAAUGUUGGCGAGAGAAAGGCAGUCAUUUGUUAUUAGUGAACUUGUGAGGGAAUUUAUUUUAAUGGGAGAAAGAGGAGAAAAAAUACGGUCUGUGCACAAGUAUUUGGGAGAAGCAAAAACUUGUUAUAUCAAGAGAGCUGAGGUACAGACUGGUAUUCCUACCCAUGAUGCCCAGAAGCAUGAAACCAAUAUGUUAUUAGAAAACAAAGAUUCAUCUCUCCCAGAUGUGUUUAAAGAAGCCAGCCAAGGUACCUGUUCAGGAAGAAAUUCCUCUUGCUGUGAUGAAGUAUCAGAGAAAUCAAUCAGUAAAGAUGUAGCAGAAGAACGUUAUGAUCCUAACAAAGAGUUCCAAAAUGAAGUGAACACAUCAACUUCUAACCAGAAUAAAUCAGGGUCAGGUACAGACCCUAAUAAAGUGGUAGGGUCAGAUUCCAGCUUUGGAGAAGUAUAUUCUAAGGUAAAAGACAUGAUUGAAACAGAGAAAAAUUGUGACGUUAAUGAUACAUAUUCUAAAGUAAAUGGAGUUACCACACUAGAAUCCGAACCCAGUGAAAUGACAACAGCAGCUUCUAAACAAAAUACAGUGAGGACAGCAGACUCUGACGAAAAUGAAGUGAACGCAACAGCUUUUAACCAAAAUGAAUUGGCAGGUUCAUACUUUGAUCAUAAUGAAAUGACAGGGUCAGUUUCAGUACCUAAUGAAGUGGUAGGGAUAAACUCGGACCUUAAAGAGGUGAUAAGAAACCAAUCUGGACUUGAAGAUGAGUCUAGUGAAGGCGCUGACAUAAAUUCUAGAAUAAACGAUGUUACCAAACUAGAAUCUGAGCCCUCUGAUAUGGCAAAAGCAGCCUCUGACCGAAAUGAUGUGAACACAGCAGUUAUUAAAGGAAAUAGAUCGACAGGUUCAGCUUUUGAUCCUUGUGAAAUGACAGGAUCAAUUUCAGUGCCUAACGAAGCUGCAAGGAUAAAUUCCAGCUUCAAACAGGUGAAUAAGGAACAUUCUGAACUUGAUAACAUGAUGAAUACAGAUAAAUCUAGUGUUGUUACUGACUCAGUUUUUAGAAUAAAUAGCGUUAACAAACUAGAAUGUGAGCUAAAUGAAACGACAAAAUUAGACUCCAAAUUAGUAACUAUGACUGAAGCAAGGUCUAAGCUAAAUGAGAUGGUAGAAUCAGACUCGGAAUAUAAAGGGGAAGACUCCAAAAUCACUAAGGAGAUGAGUACUUUUUCUGUUCCUGAUAGCAAACAUCAGAUAGAAGGGUAUCCAGCCACAGAUACUUUUGCAAAACCUGUCUGCUACUCAAGAUUGGUGAAUGUAAUGGAAAAGUCUCACAUUGUUGGGGAACUUGAGAUUCACAACCUCGAAUGUAGUUCAGAAAAUACUGUUAAUCAUAAAGUUUCGGAUGAAAUAGAGGGAAAAGGUAUGGAUGACCUGCAGAAGAGCUUGAGGACAACGAACCAUGAUGUCGACCAUGAAGAUGCUCCUUUGGAAGUAAGGAAAGGAGUUGAAAAUAAUGAUAGAGAGGAGAGAGUGGAAGAUGAUAGUAAAGAAAGUAAAACAGAAGACAGCAGAGAAAUACCACCAAAUAAGGAAACAGAAGUAAUUGAACAAGACUCAAGGAACUUGAAGAUAAUGACAAAUUUUCAAAGAAAAUCUGGAACAACCCCACCUGUGACUAUUCCGAGUUUGUCACUGGGAGAACUGAUGAACAGAAUUUCAGAGAAGAUUGAACAGUUAAAAAGAAGGGAGUCAUUAUCUUACCCCAAGGAAAAGCACUUUGAAGAAAGGAAAAAACGCAUGAGAGAGUUUGAAUCUACACUGAGACAGUUUACUGAAAAGGGUAAGAAAGUGAAAAGUUCAGAUGUACCAGAAAAAGAGGUAGAAAUUCCUUCUGAGAAUGAAGCCCCAGAACCAUUGAAUUUUACUCUGACGCGUACAGUAAGUCAACAGCCAUCAGAUGUCUGCUCACAGCAUCCUAAGUUUCAAAGUGAGCAUUCUUCAUAUUAUGAAUGUAUAGACACAAAUAUAAAUGAAAAUGAACACGCUUCUCAGUCUGCUUGGGUGUUUACAGAAAACCAGCUUGAACAAUCAAGUAGUGAAGUUUUGUUAGUAGAUAAUAAACAACCUGGUAGCAGUAUUGAAGCUGCAACACAAUCUCAUGAAUGUGCAGAUGAGAUUAAGCAGGAAAGCAAAAAUACUUAUGAGUAUACUCAGGCAUUUCAAGUAGAGCAUGUGGAGCAGUCAAAUCAUGAAGUAUCACCAAGUGACAACAUUGAAAUUUUAACACCAUUUCCAAAUACUUUACCUUUCUCUGUUGAUGCAAAGAGUUUGCUUAGUGCUCUUCCACUGACUAAUGAUUCACAGCACGAUUGCUCUGAUUAUGUGUGUAAAACUGAUGAACCUGUAGUUAAUGCAUCUCUCCUCCAAAUGACAGAUAAUCAAGACAAGAGAUUUUUCUCGCCAAGUCGUGAUUCACAGGAUAUUUAUUCAAAUGAACAGUCUCCAACUUUGGCUGCUCUGCAGUUACCAGAUAUAUUAGAAGAUACGUGUGCAUCUCAAAAAUUAGCUAAAGAUGGAGCACAGAUCCCUUGCAUUGAAAUUCCUUGUGGUGCUGAACUGGAAACUAGAAAUACUUUAUGCCAGCCAACAAGUAGAGAGGAAAUAUUAAGUGAUGAUAUUACUCUCCCUGGUCUCAAUGCAAUAAUUGCCUCAACUUCUCCAGUUCUUAGUAUGGAUGAGAAACAUGAACCCGACUAUUCUCAUAGUGUUCUGUCGGAUGAAAACAAGUUUCUAGGUAACCAAGAAGAUAACCAAAUAAGUGAGUUACAGUCGCUUAGAAAUCUGGCAAAACUUUAUAAUGACUCUGUUCAACCUCUGGAGGGUGUUCAAAUAGCAUCUUUACAUGAGAACAACAGUAUUCCUCAAACGAUAGUUAAUAUGGCAAAGGUUGAUUGUGUUGAUUCAAAUUUUCUUGAACAAAUGCCGCCAGAACAUCAGUUUCCUGCGAAAGUGACCUGUCCAGCUGCCAGUUUACCGCAAUCACAAAUGUGGCCAUGCAAAGGUGGUUCUCAGCAGAGUACAUGUAAACUGGAAUCUGAUGACACUCAACUCACCGGUGAAACUGCUCAGUCACCAGUUAAUAACAGUUGCUCCACAGAUGGUGAAGUGCGUGAUCAAAAACCGAUCACGCUGAUUCACGAUAACAGUAGCGAGGGGCCUUAUAAACGAAAACGUAAUGCAGAAGAAUCUGAUAUCGAAAGUUGUAAGGAAGAGCACCCGCCAGAUGAUAGUGAUGAUGCGUCACAUUCCACUUCCCAGAGAAGCAGAAAGAAGCAGAAAACAUCCAUGCAACGGAUUGCAGUUCCCCUGAAUGAGGUUUACCUGCAGUGUUUAAAGAAACUUGAAGACGCUGGGGAAACCCUGCUCGCGCUCCUUAAAAAUGAGACUGUCGGCCUUCCAAAGUUUGACGGCGGGUUCCUCAAAAUCAGAGCUGGAAUUACACGUUUUUUGCUCAACCAACUUGUACGCACAAGAAAUCUGUCUGCAGACCAUAAGAGUGCUUACCAAACUUUGCUGAUGGUGCAUGGCUUGGUGAAAGCUGCUGACCUUCUAAUGCACUAUGGCGUCGAAUCCGCAAUGCAGUGUUUGCAAGAGUUUAGUUCAGCUCACCAAGUCCUCAUUCCAAACUGUUAUGACCAUCUGCUUUCCGAACUGGAGCUCAUAAUAUCAAAAGAGAAUCAUUUGACCCAUCCCAAGGUUCAGACCCUGAAAAAGGAGCUGAGGAUGGCCAGGAAAAAGGAACAUCCGUCGGACAACGAUUUCAAGGUCCUGAUAGUUUGCAAGCGAGAAAGCGAGUCUGUGUGCCAACAGCUUCAGAAAACCGUGGGCGCAUCCAAGGUCGGCUUAUUGCCUUCAGUGCCGGAGUACCAGGAGGUUCUACAACUUAUCGACCAGCAUUGCAUCUUGGUGUGGAACGAAGGCAAUGUCGUCGACCACAUCCCGUGUUCCCAGUUCAGUCUGGUGGUGGAGUGGGAGGCUUCCGAAUUCCACAACACCCGCUCCUGCGUCAACUGCUGCCUCCGCCAGAACAUACAGGUUGUUGCUCUCUGCACAGCGAUAGAAGGUUCUUCUGCUUCAGACGCAGAGAAUUCUCGGCCCGAAUCUAGUAUGGCGCAGUCGGAAGAUCAGCCUACUGAAUGGAAACCGAAGACGGGCGAAGGCACAGAAGAAUCAGCCAGUAAGGAAAGAUAUAAAAUGUUCACCUUUGUUGCCUCCGAAGUAGUGACGGAAAAUGCUGAACUCCACUACCUUCUCUCCUCCGUUUACGGCAUCAAUUUGGUGGAGAGGCGUCUCAGAGAUCUCGUCGACGGGGAGCACUGUGAACGGGGCUGGGCAGACAUCGUCGUGGACGAGAGGACCGGCAUCUUACUGAGACCCCUGUUUUACCUGAGACACGACUCCUAUCGCAACGCUGUGACUCAGCAGCUCAUACUUCUGUCUCUCCAGUUUUCGAAGUGCUACCUCCUCCUUUAUCAGCAUCCGCCAUCCGAUACUCGGUAUGUCUUCGGGAACAGGGUAGUCAAAUCCCUCAAUCGUUUGGUGGCCACGUGCGCUCUGCUCAAAAGGGCAGAUUACCAGGUGUCCUUGCUAUAUGCAUAUAAUUUGCAACAGGUUGGUCAGAUAGUUCGAACAGUUGGCGAAUCAUCUCUUUCCUCCUCUGUUUCAUGGAGUGAGGACCAGUGGAUUAACCGCCCUUGGCUUUCCCCUUGGAUGAGUUCGCAUGAAAAACUACUAUUGUCCUUGCCAUGUCUCAACCCAAUUAGUGCACAGGUUAUCCUUACAGUAUUGUCCCUCCGAGAUGUGCUCACGAUGCCUCUCCCAGCCCUCAUCAAGUCUUUGCCCUGGAUUAGCAACAAAGUGCUAGCGACGAUGUAUCACUUCCUUCACAGUAAACACAUAUCCGUGUGUAAAGAGGAAUUGAAUGAAUCUUUGGAUGUAAUUGACUGCGGUUAGAAACUCCAGCCCCUCCACAUCAGGCUAAUCCGGCAUCUCAUGUACAACCAGUUGCAAAGCCGUGUACAGAAGUGAACAACGUCAGUCAAGUAGAACUUGGUGAAACAAAUGCUUUUGAUCUCAGUUCGAAUCAAAGAAAUGUUAAUGAAGUGGUUUUUGCAGCCCCUUUUAUUUCCCAAGGUAUAAACGCAAAUGUUGCUUAUAAUGACACUCAGAAUAUAUUGCAAGGUCCCAAGCAAGAACAUUGUAAUUAUUCGACAACUUUUAAAGAUUCUCCUACUGAAGAUAUGUCUGCUCUUCUGAAUCCAAAGGCGUUUUUAAAUCGUAUCACUGAUGAAUCGUCUCCUAUCCUGCAAAAUGCCUGUUGCUUGGAAGAGGGUGGUGAGAUCAAGAGAGAACCCAGCUGGAACAGUUAUUUUCAAGACCAACAGCAUUUUCAGUACCCAGAACAGCCUCUAUCCUCGGCUGAUACUCGACAAUCCCCUUAUCAAGAAGAGAAGCUACAGUCCCAGCGCUCUGACCCCGAGGGACAGGCCUUAAGAAGGCAGCAGCAAAAGGAGAGUUUUUGUGAGAAGACAGGUACAAUGAAUCAAGUUCAGUCACAUGCAUCUCAUGUGGAUAUGCCACGCCAGUCACUUUUGACUGGUAAUCCUCACGGAAACUCUAGAGAAGAGUAUGAUGGCAAACAGUUCAGAAAACGCCAAGAUCAUCCUUCUUUCUCACAAUUUUCGGUUACAUCUCCUUACUUUGCUGAGGGAUUGAAAGUUCAGGAUGACAAUAGUUUUGGUUACCAAGCCACUCAAGUGUUCAACAGUGAGGAACCAAGUGCCCAGCCACUCAUGUAUCCAGCAGCCUCUUCAGUAUUUUCUCAAGGAGCACAUAAAACGCAUAUGGGUCCUUUUUCUAUGACUGAUCAUAGAAACUAUCUUGAAAUACCUAUGAAUAGCAAGAUUUCAAACAAAAGUUUUGUUGACUAUACAGAACUAGACAGCAGAGAAAAAGCCACUCAUCUCCCGUAUCAACAUGUAUCAGAUGCAAGGCAGCCUCUGCAUUACCCAGACUUGUAUUCCUCUACUCAGGCUUCUUUGGCUUCACAACAGAACUGUAAUGUGAUUGAAAGGACUUUACCUUAUCACAGAGACAGUAUGACUGCUGCUCUUGUGCCACCUCCUUCUCCACUUGUUACCCUCCGACAAGACGGCCGUGGCAACGAUUACCCAGACCACUACGAGUUCCCUACUAGCCAGGUCAAAAUUCCCAGGUCUGCCUCCAACAGGAGGCUCAGUUACACCAAGGUCCCCGGGCAAGGAGGCCAAACUAAAUUGGUAUUUCAUCCCAGGCGCAACAUACGUGAAAGAAAUUACUGUGAAACCAGGAACAUCACACCUAGCCAGAUUUCACUGCCAGAGCCAUCACCGUUACCCUUUCAAGGUGUAAGACUUGGAAGCACAAAGAUCCAAGGACGGGGAGGUCAAACAAAAUUAUCUUUUAAAAGAAUAUAGCAGCUUAUCAUAUAGUGGGGAAUUUAUUGAGUGAAAUUAAAGAAGUAUUUACUUCGUGAAUCUUCUGUUUUAAAAUUAAAACCUUAAAUAAUUUGCUCUCCCUUUUUAUUAUAGUCGGUGGAGUUUUACUGUAAACCAAUAUUACUCCUUCAAUUGAGGCUAUUCAUAUCAGUUGAAAAUAGUUGAUUACCUUUUAUCUGAAAAUUCUGUUAUUCGGUUUUUUCUGAAAAUUUCUUUUAUUACUUUUUUAUUUGAAAAUUUCUUCCUUGGUAUUUGCCAUUGUUAAAACCCAUUACCUCUGGAUUUCUUUCCAGAACUUAUGUAAUUUAGUUUUCAAAACAAAAGGUCUAAAUUAUAUUUUAGUCCUGUGGUCUAGGAGUCAUUAAGUUAUUGUAUAUUUUCGAAUGAAAAAAUUAUGAAUGUUAUUUUCAUUGUAAUUUAUUUGGUUCUUUGAAAGUAGAUCAGUAGAGUCUUAAACCCCACCGUGAAUUUCCUUUAGUUUGUUCAGCAUGAUGAUCAAAGGCUUUCAUUGUAUGAACUCUAGUCAUAAAGCCAGAAUUUUUACGCUCUUUACGAUUGCGAAGUUCAUUCUUUGAAUUUCAAACUUUUACUUCAUUUGCUAGAUGUAAUUUUCUUUAGUCAUCAGUUUCAUGUUGAAGUAUGGAUAUGCAUAUUGGAUAGCUUUAUUUGUUCAAUUUAGAUUCAAGUACACCAGUGGGUUAGUGUACUGGUAUUUACAAUAAGUAGGGUUAUUUUUCUUUAUACUACAAAAUUAUUUAUUUUUAUACAGCAAAAUCUGACUACUACAUCAUUAUGUAUAUGUGAAUGAAGAGUCUAUUUUACUUCCAGUAGAUUAUAGCGACUAACUGAUGGGAAGAAUGUUCUCUGUAGAAGUAUUAUAUUUAUAGGGAAGUAUACUUGAGGAAAAUUAUAAUUUCUUCAAGCAUAUUUUUAUAGGCAAUGAUAUUUAUGGAAAAUUACCUGGUUACUUGAAGUAUUUUACAUAAGAUAUGUGUGCUGAGAACUAUUAUAUCUCAUGUCUAUUUUAUAUAGCAUGAAAAGCCUUCUUGAUUUUUCUUAAGUGAAGAGGUAAGUUACCCUUUCCUGUAGUGUUGGAAAUAUUGACUGUUUGUAAAUCAGUUUCUUUCUGUAAGUGUUGUCCUAAAUUUCUUGAUCAAAUUAUGAAUUCUGAAUUUUUGGCAUGGAUAAAGUACAAAGUUCCUCCUUUGAAUUUCAAGUCUUAAUAAUUUCAUUUUCUUCAUUUUCCAGUCACAAGGCCCUUUCAGUAUUCUUGAUAGGAAUUACUUUUUGGAUUGUAAGUUUUUAUAUCUAGGAUCUGAUAUCGUACUUUUUUUUAGAUGAAGAUGAUGAUUAUAUUUUAGUGAGAGAUACUUUUAAAUGGAGAGUGUCUUUUCUUAUUAAUUCUAGUUUUCUUAACUCAUUAUUUUAGUUUGUCAGAAAACUUUAAAUAAACC